GGACAUACAGAAGCUGCUGCUCCGCUCUGCUUUUGAUGCUUCAUCCUACUUCUUUGUCUCUCAGCUAUCUUUGGUUAUGUUUUUUUGUUACCCCGUGACAAAAUAUUGUCUAUACGCUGCGUGAAGCUUUUCUACAAACAAAGUACGUUUUCUAAAGCACAAAGUUGGAUUCAAAUCCUAAGACAUGAAAGUAGAUGAUGAUUACGUGGAGUAUGUUCCAGUGGCGAAGCGUAGAGCAAUGCAAGAGCGGAAGGGAAAGGUGAUGGAGGACAAGGAGAAGCGCGCACCUAGCUUACUCGUUAAAGCAACUCAGCAGCAGCUCAAGAGGAGGAGGAGGAGAGACGUUAGUGCCACGGAGCAAAUUAUAUUACAAGAGAAGGAGAUGAUGGAGCAUUUAUCUUGUGAUAAGAAGACGCUUAUGUCUGUUCGUGAAUUGGCCAAAGGUUGGGAACCACACCCUGGGAGCAUCAUGUCGAGCAAACAGAUUGAUUUGACUAGGAAGCAAUUUCAUAUUAUAGUUAGUGGCGAAGAUAUUCCUCCGCCCAUCAAGAAUUUCAACGAUAUGAACAUUCCGAGAGGUCUUGGCGUUACGCUCAAGGAGAAAGGGAUAGUGAAGCCAACUCCGAUCCAAGUUCAGGGUCUUCCUGUGAUUUUAUCAGGAAGAGAUAUGAUCGGGAUUGCCUCCACUGGAUCUGGAAAGACGUUGGUUUUCGUGCUUCCCAUGAUCAUGAUAGCUCUGCAGGAGGAGAUGGUGCGUCAAACAAGAAGCAAAGAUUGUCACCUCCUCGAGUGCCUGCAGAAUACUCUCGUCUCAUU